GACCGUCGAAGGAGAAGCAUUGAUCUUCAUCAAACUACAAUCCUCAGUCUACAAUGAGUGACGCAGUAGCAGAAACCUCCCCGGCUGCGCCGGCCACGCCAUCGCCGAAGAAGGCCGCAGCGGCAAAGAAAACUGCAGCCGCAAAGAAGCCAGCGAAGCCCCGCACUCACCCCCCAGCGGGUGAAAUGGUCUUGGCUGCUAUUACCGCCCUGAAGGAUAAGAAAGGCUCAUCACUCCAGGCGAUUAAGAAGUACAUCGUUGCUACGUACAAAGUCGACGUAGAAAAGCAGUCAACCUUUAUCAAGAAGUUCCUGAAAUCCGCAGUCGAGAAGAAGACCAUCGUCCAGACCAAGGGCUCUGGAGCAGCAGGUUCUUUCAAGCUUGCUGCCAAGGCUGAGGGUGAGAAGAAGAUCGCUAAGAAGCCAGCAGCCAAAAAGCCUGUUGCAAAGAAGCCAGCAGCUGAGAAGAAGGCCGCAACCAAGAAACCCGCUGCUAAAAAAGUUGCCGCAGCUAAGAAACCAGCAGCCGCUAAGAAGCCAAAAGCUGCAGCUAAGCCCAAGGCUGCCAAAGCUGCGAAGCCCAAGUCACCGGUGAAGGCGAAGAAAGCAGCAGGAAAGGCACCAGCUGCAAAGCCAAAAGCACCCAAACCGAAAAAGGCUGCGGCACCCAAAGCUGCGAAGCCUAAGGCCGCAGCAAAGAAGUAAACUGUAAAAUCGGCCCUUUUCAGAGCCAAUAGUUUUUAUAUAUCUUUCAUUAAUCAGCCCUUUUCAGGGCUACCA